AUGGCGGCCUCCGCCACGAGGAGCUCAAGGAGCGCUUUAUUAGCUAAGACUUCGCUAGAGGAUGUUUUGGACGCGGUUAAUGUGCUAAUACUUUGGUUCUAUGCCGAUCUUGGUUCCGUAGAAAUGACGACGGAAGCGUGGGUGAAGAUGAUGUUCCUGGAUGGGUGCUUCAUCCUCAAGCACCUGUACAACUAUGGGAAGGGCAUCAACGAAGAGGAGCUGCACCAGUCGAGGUGGGCACCGGUGCAGCUGCGCAGCGACCUCACUUUGCUCGAGAACCAGAUCCCCUUUGCCGUGCUGCUGGAGCUGUUCAAGCACCUGGCGCCACGGGACCUACCGCGCAGCGCUGACAAGAAGAAGAGGCGCAGGCUGCUGGACAUGGCUCUCUGGUACAUGUUCAGAGGGUCCUACUCCUUGCCCCAGGACAAGAGGCCCACGGACGAGCUGGGCGUGGACCCCGAGCUGCUGCGGUGCAUGUGCAUGUGCGACUGUGAGUCUGGCCAUGGGCAUCUGGAUCGCGACGGUGACAGCAAGGAGAACGUGCCGUCGGCCGCGGAGCUGACGGCCAUGGGCAUCUGGAUCAAGAGGGCGACGACGACGACGAUGGGGCCUGCUGGGCCUCGCCACGGCAGGGCGCUGCUCGACGUGCGCUUCAUGGAGGAACGCGUGAGGCUCGAGAUCCCGCCGCUGUACGUGGAGAAGACGACGGCGCCGCUGCUGCAGAACCUCAUCGCUUUCGAGCAGCAGGUGGGCGCCGACGACGGCGGCGACUACUGCACCACGUACGCCUUCCUCAUGUACAACCUGGUCAGCACGAGGGAGGACAUCACCCUACUGCAGAAUCUCCGCAUACUGCACAACAACUUUGGAAGCGAUAAAAAGGUCAUCAAUUACUUCAAGAACUUGUGUGUGUGGAACCGGCGAAGCGGAAAGACUCCCAUUGACGGUGUGCUGGAAGAUCUGAGGAAAUGUAGAGUGUUGCAUGUGUACCGUGAUUUGGCAGAGGUGAAGAAUUACAUCAACAGACCAGUCAAAAUACUUCUACUCAUCAUUUCUGCCAUGGUUGCGUUGUCCACAGUCAUGCAGGCUCUCAUGGCCAUCCGACCACCAACCGAGCACUGA